UGCAGUAAAGUAACCUUUUCGCAUGUAAACAAACUUCAUCUAAAAUUUUAUUCAUCUUCGAAUAUAGAUUAUUAAUGGAUUAAAAAUUACAAAGUAUGAAAAUAAAUGUGAUAUGAGUUCAAACGGCUUGAAAGUAUUAAAAAAAAGUAAUCCAUACCCGCAAGGGAUGCGAUGUCAGAAAUGUUUAGAGAUGGGACAUUGGAGUUAUGAAUGUAAGGGAAAAAGGAAGUAUUUACAUAGAUCUUCACGUACAUCACAAUUGAAGAAAGCUCUAAAGAAACAAGAAGAAUCUAAUGGUGAAGAACACAAGAAAGAAGUGAAGAAAAGUCGUCAACAGAAAAAAAUGAAAAAAGAAUCAAGUAGUUCCAGUGAUACAAAUUCCAGUGCUGAUAGCAGCAGUUCUAGUAGUAGUAAUGAUAGCAGUACUAGUAGCUCAUCUUCAGACAGUGAAUCAGACUCUAGUGAUAGUGUUUCUAGUAGUAGCAGUGGUAGUGGUAGUAGUAGUAGUAGUAGCAGUAGUAGUAGUAAUAGUAGUAGUAGCAGUAAUCGUUCACAUACUUUUCUAUUUUCAAAAAGAUAUCCUAUUUAA